GUGAUGACCGUUGACACAGGAAUCAUAGACAAUUUAUCUAUAAUUUUAUCUAAACACAAUCCAUUUACCGGAGUCAUAAAUUUUCAAAAUGGAAGUUGCAAAUACAAUAUUCAAAUGGAAGCGUGCACUUUUUCGCAAAGAUUUCAUGACUUCGACCAUGUAGAACAAUUUUCAGAAUUGCAUAAAUUAUCGUACUAUCUUAAACGAAUUGGACUACCGCAUUACGUCGCAGUUAUAACUAAUUGCAAUCUGAUUAAUCAGUUCUCCCUAGCAACCAGAAACUUCAACAUGCCUUACGCUGCGUGGCUUUUGUUAUUCAUUUGCAAGGAAUGUAUUACCGAUUAUUGUCACAGUCCACUACUUAACAUAUUAUAUUUAAAAUUCUACACAGAAAUGCUAGUCCAUUGUAGUGACGAAAAUAUUUUACGAGAGUUAUAUUCGAUCUAUAAGAAUCGAAUAGAGAUCAAUGAUUUUGCAACUUGGAGCCUGAAGAAAGGAAUUAUUAAUAUUGCACCAGGUUUUCUUUACGAUAGAAGAUACAAUUUACGGGGUUUAAUUAUGAGAGAUGAUAUAAUUAAGGAUUCAUCAUUCAUAAACUCAAACGAGAAUGAUUAAUUGAACGG